AUGUUGUCAAUACCUUUGCUGGCCUGCAUCCUCGGCCCAUCCAUCGCGGGACAAGCCCUUGCAAGCAAUGUCUCUAUUCCCAAUGACUCCCAGGAUACGGAUUCGAUCGUCCAGCACAAUGCUCUUAUCGAGUCAUACCUAUCUCAGAAGCCUGUUCGCGGAGUCCAUAAGAUGACCGACGAUGAGGGCGAGAAAUUCUUCCUCGACUACUGGCUGUUCGACGAAGCCUAUACAACAAGCAACACAUCAAACGUCAGUGAUUCUUCAUCGCAAGCACAGCCUUAUGGUCUCGACACAACCGAGAAGGUCGACCUUCAACCUCGCUCGUAUCCCUUUCGACCCUCCUACCCGAGCGACCUUGAGGUCGAACGGCGCGGGUGGAGUGAACAUUUCUCACCGCUUCUUCGGCGAGAAUUCAAAUGUCCUUCCGGCACCUACGGAUGCUCAUCGAUAGAUCGGCCCGAAAGCUGCUGCAGUACAAGCGACACGUGCGUUCUGGUCAACGACACAGGAUCUGGUGACGUAGGCUGUUGUCCGAAAGGAGAGACGUGCUCGGGAACAAUUGGAUCGUGCCAGGACGGAUACUCUAGCUGUUCGUCGUCUCUGGGUGGUGGAUGCUGUAUCCCAGGGUACGAAUGUGUCACCGGGGGAUGUAUGCGUGUCUUCACAAUCACGAUCACGGUAAGCUCAACCGUCAUGCUAUCGACAUCCACACACACCAUCCCUAAAACCACUGCGACGCAAACCACGGGUGAUCUGGUGCCUCCGUCUCGACCUACCACUGUAUCUACCUCCACGAACUCCAAGACAACCACAACUACCAGUACGGCAUCGGUCUGUCCAACCGGGUUCUACGCCUGCUCUGCCGUCUAUCAUGGAGGAUGCUGCCGAACUGGCCGCGAUUGUGACACGACGUCCUGCCCGGCAACGCCCUCGACGACCCUCACUAGCGACGGAGUAACAAUUGUAGUCCCUGUGGCCACGACGACGGCAUCCACAACCACAACAAGCACGCCCGGGCGAUGCGCAACUGGCUGGUUCAGCUGCGCCCAAUCCGUCGGGGGAGGUUGUUGUCCGUCGGGAUACCAGUGCGGGGCCAGCUGUACGGCAGUGUCAACGGCGACGGAGACCGUGGCCAAGGAGCAGGCCACUAGUGGGAGUGAUCAAUUGCGGCAGCAGUGGGGGGUGAUGGGCAUGGGUAUGAUGGUGGCCCUGGCGUUAUGA